AUGACUGUUGCUGAGUCGGUAAAGAGCGCCGUUGGGCUUGCGGAUAACACCGCUGCCUCCCGCCAGGAGAUGUCGGAUGCCCGUCUUCCCCUCCAAUACCGCGACUCGUGUGCAAACCUCUUGAUCCCAUUGAACCGAUGCCGGCAGCAGGAAUACUACCUCCCUUGGAAGUGUGAGGACGAGAGACAUAGCUACGAAAAAUGCCAGUACGAAGAGUUCAAGAAGCGCGUCGCCAAGAUGGAUGAGCUUAGAGCCGCAAAGGACGGUGCUCGAAGCAAUUGA